CAGCUGCAGGUGCAGGGGAGCUUAGUUACAGAAUGUCUGAAGGGAACAGUGUUGGAGACUCUGUCCAUGGGAAGCCCUCAGUGUUGUAUAGAUUUUUCACACGGCUUGGCCAGAUUCAUCAGUCCUGGCUGGACAAGUCUGCCUCUUACAUAGCUGUCCAGUGGGUCGUGACACUGGGCCUGAGUUUUGUCUACAUGAUUAGAGUUUACCUGUUACAGGGUUGGUACCUUGUGACCUAUGCCUUGGCAAUUUACCACCUAAACCUUUUCAUAGUGUUCCUUUCCCCCGAAGUGGAUCCUUCCUUGAUGGAAGACUCAGAUGAUGGUCCUUCAUUACCAACCAAACAGAAUGCGGAGUUUCGUCCCCUCAUUCAAAGGCUUCCAGAAUUCAAAUUUUGGCAUACAGCUACGAAAGGCAUUCUUGUGGCUAUGGUCUGUACCUUCUUCGAGGCUUUUAACGUCCCAGUGUUCUGGCCAAUCCUGGUGAUGUACUUCAUCAUGCUUUUCUGUAUCACAACAAAGAGGCAAAUAAAGCACAUAAUUAAAUACCAGUACAUACCAUUCACACAUGGAAAGAGGAGAUACAUAGGGAAGGAGGAUGUGGGCAAGACAUUUGCUAGUUAGAAGCUGGACUGAAUCUGUCACACGUAUUCAAGAAUGUUUUUGAGGCAUUGUAACAAUGCCUUUUUCUUCACAUAAAGUAGUUGAUUAUGAGGAAGUUGAAUUUUCUUUUUAAGAGGAGCCUCAAUGAUUUGUAUCUGAAAUAUCAGGUUCUUGAGGAAACUGGCAUUUAAA